AUGGUUUCCAACACUCGUUCCGUUUUCUUCGGCCUGGUGCUCAGUGCUGCGCAGCUCUCGAGCGCUUCACCUGCUGCUGCAUCCGACACAGCCUUCUCAUCUCCCAUCUACCCAACCGCCACUGACUCCAUCCCUGCCCUUCCCUCCUCCACCGACGAGUGCCUUGCUAAAUGCAACGCUGCUCACGACAAGUGUAACACUGCGCCUGACGCCAACCACGCAACCUGCGCUGCUGAGUAUGCCGAGUGUAUUGGCUAUAACCCUUAUGGCGGCGCAUCGUUCGUCACUCCUACAGCCUGCUCUCACUCUUCCAAGCCUACUGCCACCGAGACUGCUAAGGCUGAUGAGUGUGUCAUGAAGUGCGACAAGGCUCACGAUGCGUGCAACACGGCGCCUGAUGCCAACCAUGCUACCUGUGCUGCUGAGUACGCCGAGUGUCUUGGCUACAACCCUUAUGGCGGCGCAUCGUUCGUCACUCCUACAGCCUGCUCCCAUUCUUCCAAGCCUACUGCCACCGAGACAGCUAAGGCUGGCGAUUGCCUCGAGAAGUGCAACAAGGCCCAUGACGCUUGCAAUGUUGCCCCUGACGCCAACCACGCUACCUGCGCCGCCGAGUGGGCUGAGUGCCUGGGCUACAACCCUUACGACGGCCCCGGUGGUUCUCUCGUUGAGCCCACGGCUUGCGCUGCCCAUACCACUAUGGCUUCUGCCACUGGCAAGCAUACUGGCGUGGAGACCUCCAAGCCUGCCAAGACCUCGGAGCCUGUUGUUGUUGUCAACGGAGCUGGAAGUCUCUCGGGCAAGGUCGCUGGCUUGGUUGGUGCCAUUGGCGCCGCUGCUGUUGCCUUUCUCUAA